AUGCAGGGUGAUACACUCAUUGGCGUCGUUCUGGCGAUGGCAUUUCUUAUUUGCUUCGCAGUUGGAUCGAGCGUCUGGUAUCGACAAUAUGUCAAGCGGGCUAUCCUAGGACAUCAAAUUCAUCUUCGAAACUGUGCUGAUAAUCUGGAAGCUGGUGUUGAGCCACCUUUACGCACGGUCAAAGGUAGCCUAGCUCGUCCAAAGGUACCACAUAUUGAGGGAGAUCAAUGGGUUCUGGUCAGAAAGGUGAAACAUCGAUCUAGGCCUCCGCUCCUGGCAACUAUUCAUCGCCCUGUAAAUGGUGGUGAUUCUAAGCGCAAUGAAGCUAACAACAACCAGACAAGCAACCAGAACCAGAGCCAGAACAGUAAUAUGAACAUGAAUAAUAACCAGAGCCAGGGCCAGGGCCAGAUCCAGAGCCACAAGCAACCCCCAAAGCAACCAAACAAAAAGCGAGGUGAGCAAAAACAAACGAAGAGCCAGCAAAAGCGGGACAAUAAAUGGAGACACCAAGAGGAAAAUAAAAAGAAGGAAUAUGAGAAGCAGAAAAAGAGUAGUCAGUUUUCACAGUUGCAGAAUGAUAACAGCCGCCCAGUUAGUAUCUUGGUUCAAGCGAAGGAGAGUAACCAAUCGAGUCCACGACAAUCGAAGCAGAGCAGCUCACACACCCACUCGAAUGAUGACCUAGGAAAUGGUACAAACAACUACUCAAAUGAAUGGGAACACGACACGAAUCACCACUCGAACAACCACCAAGGACAUGAUACAAAUCACUCGAAUGAUCACCAAGGAUAUGGUGAAUGGACUACCGACACCAACUACCACUCGAAUGAUCAGCAGGGCUAUGGUGAUACAUGGAAUACCGACACGAACCACCACUCAAAUGAUAGCCAGGGCCAUGGCGAUACAUGGAAUACCAACACGAACCACCACUCAAAUGAUAACCAAGGCCAUGGCGAUUCAUGGAAUAUUGACACAAACCACUACUCAAAUGGUCAUCAAGCUGAAAUUCAGCAUGGCCAGUAUGGAGAUACAACCGUUCCCGGAGAAUGGCCUGGAUCCCCUAACCGGCCAACUUUCAAGCAAGCAUGGUAA